CUGUUUUGUUUUUAAACCAACACAUUUAAAUGGAUCUGCACAUUUCUAGACUAUUAAGAUGACUGAAGUAAAAUGUUUAAGGGGAGAAGCUGGCGAUUCAGUGCUCAAAUGGUCUUGUAAAAAAGAGGAUGAGUUCAACAUUUGUGGACGCUGUCAGUCGUGUGUCCUCUCUGAGAAAUUGCACCACUACACCCAGUGGAUGAAUAAGGCUGGAGGAGCAUCUCAGAGGAGGUUCCUCACUGGCAUCCUAGUAAGGUGCCACAAUCUUCAAAUCCUGGAGGAUCUUCAGAGUGUUUUACAAGUGACAGCAGGGAAAGAUUUCACCUAUGCCAGGUCCAGAGCCCUGCCCAGCAAACCUGAGGACACCAAAUGGAGCAUGGAUGGAGCUCUGGACACAAAACUGCAUGGAAUGGACAUGUUGGAAACCUGGGAAUGGUUUAGGAAGAGCCCAGACUGGACCAAGUCCAAGUAUGUCCUGGGGCUCCUGUCUUUAUGUGACACCCCUCUUUUGCACAUGUUAGCAAAUUUGGUGCGUGUCUUGAUAGUUUGGGAGAAACACAACUUUCUACAGUUCAGCAAUACUGUUACAGAGUCACGCUUCUCCUACCAUUCAGAUGACCACCCGGAUCUGGAUCUUCUCAUCAAAGCAUGUACUUUAUAUGAGCCAGCUGAUCUGCCUCAAGAAGCUGACCAGGGCAUUCAAACAGAUGUCUUAAAACAGGAGUACUCAGAACAGAGGCUUUUGGAUAAGGUCUCGCUGUACAGCUGCAGGUGUGUGUCCAAGCACUGGCAAUGCCUAACUGAUGAGAUCUUUACUGAGAUGGAAGUAAAGAAGAGUGUUGAGAAACAGGCCAUGAUUCUGCAAUUCUGA